AUGGCAGUAGACGGGGACCAACCUGCUGCUGCUGCUUCUGGUGCUGCUGCUCCUGCUGCUGCUGCUGCACAUUCAGUAGAUGGGGAUACACCUGCAACUGCUUGUGUUGCUGCUGCAGCAGCAAGGCAGUUAUUAUCUCCUGGUGCAGCAGCAGCAGCUGCUGCUCCGAGUACAGCAGAAGCAGCGCUCGCAUCUGCAGCAGCUGCUGCAGCAGCAGCGUCGUUUGCUGCUGCUGCUGCUGCUGCAUCUCCCGAGGGGGGAGACACAAGGCCGCAGAGUCCCCACUGUGGUUUCUCCCCCGCUGCUCCUGCCCCUGCUGCAGCAGCAGCUGCUGCUGCUGCAUUGCUGCCUCGUUUGUGCACGCCUGAGCAGGACAUCACCGCAACAAGAGUAGCAGCAACAGCAACAACUGCAGCAACAGCAGCAACAGCAGCAACAGCAGCAACAGCAGCAGAGACCAACAGCAGCCCUUGGAGUUCUAAUCUCCGCAGCAGCGCUGCUGUAUCACCAAGGCAUGCAGCAACAGCAGCAUCAGCAGCAGCAACAGUUCCAGCAGCAGCAGCAGGAGAUGGGUAUACCCUGCGUCAGGGUCCAUCUGUCUCCCCUGCAGCAGCAGCAGCAGCAGCAACAGCAGCAACUGCUAGCAGCAGCCCAGCAACAUCUUCACCUGCAGAGCUGCCAGGGCAGCAAACUCCUUCAAAGACAGCAGCAACAGUAGCAGCAGCAGGUGCUGCUGGCACUGGUGAAGGUGCAACGGCUGCAGCAGCAGCAGCAGCUGGUGCUGGUGCUUCUGCUGCUGCACAGUCCCUGCUGCUGCGUCAGAUUGAUCAGGAAAAUAUAAAUAGCAGCAGCAACAACAGCAGCAGCAGCAACAGCAGCAGCAGCGAUGUGGUUGAGAAGCCGAUAAAAGGUGAGGCAGCAGAGGCAGCAGAAGCAGCAGCAGCAGCAAUAGCAGCAGCAGAAGCAGCAGCAGCAGCAGCAGAGGAAGAAAUGCUGCUGCUAGAGAAGCCCUUCUGGUCUCCUAUUGGAGACAGUAAACUUCAUAGUAAACUCUGCAGCAGCGGCUGCUGCUGCUGCACUCCCCUGUCAGCUGCUGCUGUUGCUGCUGCUGAAGACGCAGCAGCAGCAGCAACAACGCGCCUUCUGCGCUGCAUGCGUCCCCAGUUAGGAACAUUCCUCAGUCAGCAACGCCGGCAGCAGCAGCAGCAGCAGCAGCACACAGUUGCAGCAAUUCGUACAGCAGCAGGCCUUUCCCCGUCCCUCUGUCUUGCUGCUGCUGGAGUUCAGCAGGUGCAGCUGCUGCAACAGCAGCAGCCAAAGAAGCAGCAGCAGCAACAGCAGCAGCAGGCAGCAGAGCAGAGUCACUGUCUCUCUGCAACUGUAGCUUUGCUGCAGAUGGCUUCUCUUCCUUCUCCAGCUGAUCCAGCAGCAGCAGCACCAGCAGCAGCAGCAGCAAAAGCAGCAGCAGCAGCAACAGGAGACGAAGAAGGUUCAUCUUGUGGGAAGGGAGGAGAGACAGAAGCAGCGCUGCAGCUGCUGCAGCGAGCAGCAAGACAUCCCUAUCUGUCUCUUGCUGCUGCCUGCUGCAGCAAAGGGGAAGUUAAUAAGGCAAUAGAUCUAAUGAGGGGUCUAUACCUAAUGGAGUGUCAGGUGUAUGGGGACCUGCAGCAGCAGCAGCAGCAGCAGCAGUUGCUGCAGCUGCAGCAGCAGCAGCAGCAGGAACAACAAGAUUCAGGAGCAGAAGCGCCUGGAGAAGAGUUGCUCAUGCUGCAGCAGUUGCUGCUGCAGCAGCACCAAGAGCAGCAAAUAGGGGACCCAUUGUCUCCUCCUUCUCUCUUGCUGCUAACUUGCUGUUCCCUUCUCUGCUGCUGUCUUCUCUCCGACAGCAGCAGCAGCAGCAGCAGUAAGCAGGGCAAAGACAGCAGCAAGCACCGAUCCGCAGCAGCAACCGCGCUUUUUGAGGAAUUCUGCAUGCAGCCUUUGCUGCGGUUGCUGCUGCAGCAGGAGGUGCUGCAGCAGCUGCAGGAUGCCUUUGCUGCAGCAGGAGAAAGGAGAACAGGCAAUUUGCUGCUGCAGCUAAAGGGGGCCCUGAGGGCCCCUCCGCCACCACUAAACCCUAGUGUUUGUCCCUUUUGCUGCCCCCUAGUGCAGCAGCAGCAGGAGAAGCAGCAGCAGCAGCAGCAGCUGAAGGGUUUAGGGUCCUCGGGUCAAGUAACACUUGCUGCAGUCUUGCUGCGUGCUGCAUGUCUAUACCUCUUAGAGUUUACCAAAACGCAGCAGCGGCAGCAGCAGCUGCAGCAGCAGCAGCACUUGCUGCUGCUGCAGCAGCUGCUGCUAUGCGGCAUUUGGCGCUAUACAUCAGGGGCCCCUGGGGGCCCCCUUGUCCCAUUGCAGUUAAGUAGAGCAGCAGAUGCAGCAAUAGCCCUGCUGCUAGGAGGCCCCCGCAUGCGCUGGGAUAGGUGCAACAGCAGCAGCAGCAGCAGCAGCACUUGCUGCAGCACCAGCACCAGCAGCACCAUCUCCUAUAGCGGGGGCCUUCCAUUUCAGGGAGUUUAA